AUGGGUAAGAGACUGAUAAUCCCUGGUCGAUUCCGUUGGUAUGUACCGUUAUCUUAUCAGCCAACCAUACCCCGCACGACAACACUUGGCUCUGAUCCCGCCUUCCCCCUCUUCCCCCACCCCCCUCUUCCGCCUUCCCCCUCUUCCCCCACCCCCCUCUUCCCCCAUCCCCCUCUUCCCCCACCCCCCUCUUCCCCCACCCCCCUCUUCCCCAUCCCCCUCUUCCCCCAUCCCCCUCUUCCCCCACCCCCCUCUUCCCCCAUCCCCCUCUUCCCCCACCCCCCUCUUCCCCCACCCCCCUCUUCCCCCAUCCCCCUCUUCCCCCACCCCCCUCUUCCCCCACCCCCCUCUUCCCCCACCCCCCUCUUCCCCCACCCCCCUCUUCCCCCAUCCCCCUCUUCCCCCACCCCCCUCUUCCCCCACCCCCCUCUUCCCCCAUCCCCCUCUUCCCCCAUCCCCCUCUUCCCCCACCCCCCUCUUCCCCCGUCCCCCUCUUCCCCCAACGCCCUCCUUCUCCCCCUCACCCACCCCACAUUCCCCCACUCCUUGCCCAACGCCCUCCCUACACCCUGCCACUCCCCCCAAUGCGAUCAGCUCACCUCCCCAAUGCGAUCAGCUCACCUCCCCAAUGCGAUCAGCUCACCUCCCCUAUGCGAUCAGCCCACCUCCCCAAUGCGAUCAGCUCACCUCCUCGCGACCUCCACCGCCUCCUCCACCUUCUUUCGCGGGUCCUCGCUCUUCUCCACCACACUUACGUGGAACCUACCGCCGCCACGUGUCAGCAGCCUUUCCUUCCCAACCACCUCAACGUUCUUCCCCCCUGCUCUCACUCUGAGCCCUCUACUCCCCACCAUCAAUCACACCGUGUCGUCUAGCUGA